AUGACUAAAACAAAACCAUACAACAUCGAGACUGAGUUGGUCAUCAACAAGUCCUCGGACCAGUACAAUGCCAGUGUGCCUCCGCUAUACCAGCUGGCCACAUUCAAACAGGAUUCGCUUUCCAAUAUGGGAGAGUACGACUACACUAGAUCGGGCAACCCCACCAGAACACAUUUACAAAACCACAUGGCCAAGAUCAUGAAAGCACAUCAGACGUUCGCUGUGACAUCGGGUAUGGGAUGUCUUGAUGUGAUCUUGCGUUUGCUCCAGCCUGGUGACGAGGUGAUAGCGGGCGACGACUUAUACGGUGGAACUCAUAGAUUGUUGACUUAUUUGAACAACAAAGGAGAUCUCAAGGUUCAUCAUCACGACACCACAAAUACAGAGUUGAUCAAACUGAAGAUCACUCCGGCUAUCAAGAUGAUUUUCUUGGAAUCGCCAACAAACCCCUUAAUUAAGGUUUGUGACGUGAAGGCCAUCACAGACCAUGCCCAUGCGGUCAACCCUGACUGUAUUGUUGUUUUCGACAACACCAUGAUGACUCCUAUCUUGAUGACGCCGUUGGACUUGGGGGUUGAUAUCCAGUACGAGUCUGCCACAAAGUACUUGAACGGACAUCACGACAUCAUGGCCGGAAUCAUUGGCACGAGAGACCCUAAGUUGGCUGAGCGUGUGUAUUACGUGAUCAACUCCACCGGGUGUGGAUUGAGUCCUUUUGAUUCAUGGUUGUUGAGCAGAGGCUUGCGUACAUUGGCUGUUAGAGUCGAGAGACAACAGAAGAACUGUGUUAAGAUCGCAGACUUCUUACAGAAUGCUGGCUUCAAAGUCAGAUAUGCUGGCUUGCCCAGCCAUCCACAGUAUAAAUUGCAUCAGAGCCAAUGCAAAGGCGCCGGCGCAGUGUUGAGUUUUGAAACGGGCUCCAUUAAGAUGUCCGAGAAAAUUGUCGAGUCCACAGAUAUCUUUGGUAUCGCCGUCUCUUUUGGCUGUGUGAACUCCUUGAUCUCCAUGCCUUGCAAGAUGUCACAUGCCUCUAUUGAUUCUAAGACCAGAGAAGAGAGGGAAUUCCCCGAGGACUUGAUCAGACUAUGCAUUGGUAUCGAGAACAUUGACGAUUUGAUUUACGAUUUGACCAGGGCGCUUUUGAAGAGCGGUGCUGUCAAGGUGAAUGAGAAGGACGAACUUUACAAUGCAGUUGCUGUGCAGCCAAAAUUAUAG